UUGUAGCUGCUGUUUAACAUUUUAAUCCGGUUUUACCAUGGGUCAUCAUUUUGUAAAAACAGUUCGGCAAUAAACAUGUCCGAAGACCCGGAAUAUAAAGAAAAUACUUUGAUGAAAAAGUAUUUGGCAUUACGAAACAAAUGUGAACAAAUUCAACAGGGCAACGAAAGACUUGUGAAUCGACUACAGCAUGUGAGAAAAUUGAUAAAGCGGUACAACAGACAGAAAAGGUUUCUGCAGGCAAGGCUGGACAAUUAUAAGGACAAUUACCGAGAUGCCCAGGUCCCUGUCAUGUGGGAGGAGGAUCACAUGUUUAAUCUGCUCAAGCCUCAGCCAAGUGCUACCCCAGUGCAAGAAUCUCCUGGUACACCAUUACCAGCCAAACCCAAGGCUGUCAGGAAAGUAAAGACCUCUCAGAAGCCUUCAGAAACUGCAUCUGCCAAUCAGAGUACACCUGCACAGUCACAUGGUCUUAUGACAUCACCAUCCCGCCAUCCCAUUGGUCGAGAAAUAGAAUCCUCCUUUCAACCUUCUAAUGCUUUUAUGAUGUUUUGUGACCAGUAUCGACAAUCGAUUCAGAACGACUACAUUCGGGAAAAAAAGACAGUGAUCAGCCAACAGGAAUUGGCAAAAAGAUUGUCUCAGAAAUGGAAUUCCCUGGCAGCAGAAGACAAACAGAUCUACUUUGACAUGGUGGAGAUAGGUCGGCGAGGCCGUGGUUUUGACGUUUCCACUGACAGCACUGACCAGGAGCAGCUGGACAUCAUCACCAUGGAGACGGACACAGCGGUCAGCUCGCUUCUUGCAUCCCCUGGCAACAUGUGACCCAGAUCUAUCCCGUGACUGAAGGUUGGCAGUUGUAUGGUGAAGAAGGAUUUUAUGGACAGCAUGUUCAGCCAUUUUACAAAGCCAGUACUUUAUUGAUUUAUGCGGGGUGUGAGGUCCAUCUAUUGACCAGCAGUGGGAAGUUGUGUGGUCAAGCAAAAUUUAAGUUUCUUUCAGGGAAAACUGGACUUAAUGCAUAUGUGUAUGUGGUUGUGCCAGAAACAAUACUUCCGGCUUUAAUGGGUUUUUUUGUUUAAAAGAAUUUUCUUGAAAAUCUAGGUAGGUGGAAGUAGGUGGUAGUGUGUUCACUUAUUAGUCUGUGCAGACAACACUGGCUUAUCUUCAACGAGACUUAAUUCACAUGAAUUUAGUCCAGUUUUCCCAGAAUACAUCUAAUCUGGUAACAAUUUAUUGAAUAGUCCAUCUACAAAGCCAGUGAUUCAUUGGUGUAAACUGUGUGCAAGAUCCAUCGCUUGAGCGUCACUGGCAGUGGUCAAUUGAGUGGUCAAGCUAGAUUUAGUGGAUGGGGUAUUCAGUUAAACUAGCCACUUCAUUUAGCCAGUACCUUAUUGAUGUAAAAACAGUACUCUUUGAGUAGAAUCAUUCACUCCCCACUGGGUUUCAGUUACUGGUAAAGCAAGAUUUAAUGGGAAGUGCACUGCAUAUAUGUCUUCAACCUUAUAACCAGUUGACACUUAGGGCUCAUUUUUACCACUGAAAUAUAAGGCACAAAGCAUCAACCCACUCCUGAGUUGACAAAUAUAGACUCGAAAAUUCAAGAAGUGCCUGGACUUGGUAACAUUUGUAGCUUCACUGGCAAAUUCCCAGCCAGCUUAUGAUGUUGCUUUAUCUGUUGUGUUAAUAUUAUCUUUUCUUUAUUAAAACAACAUCUCUAAACAGUAUGGACAUGUUGUCGAAAAAAACAACAUGUUAUGGUUCCUUGCACAAUAAAUCAAAAUCAUAAGCAACUUGUUAGAAAAGUGUUUCAAUAAAUGAAGAUGCUUUGAA